GGGGAGCCCCCGUUGGCUGGAAGCAAGGGGUGUCGUGGGUGGAAAUGGGGGCAUAUUCCAAGAGUGCAGCAGCAGAGAAAAACCAUCUGGGAAACAGAAAUGACCCACACAAAGGCCCAGAGGUGGGAAGUGGCUAAGACACACCUCUGGGACAGACUGAGCUUGCGACUCUUUAAGGGGGACUGGUGGGACUGCUCAAACCAACUCCCUUCCCCCCAGGUGAGCAUGAACAGCAACCUGGUAACAGACAGCCAGGGUGAGCACAGGGGCUUCCUGUGAGUAACAAAGUGGGUUAGGCACCCACUGCCUGUCCCCACCCCAGCCAGUCACCCUAGGCAUGACCUUCUGGCCCUGUGGGUCACCUGGGAGCCCUUGCUCCAACCCACUGGAGGUAGGAGGCCUUUUACAGAGGCACUUCAAGCAGGAGUUGCCGUCUUUUUUCACUAUCUCUGGUUGGAAAAGAAGCACAAGCAGGGGGAGAGGCCAUGCAUUUCUUUCUGACCUUCCCCUCCCUCCCGCCAUCUCCUUGACCCCAGGUGAAGCCAGGGCCAGGGGACCUAUGGCAGGGCCACCUCCAGUGAACUUGUCAUCAAAACAGGUCUGGCCUAGUUUGUGCAUGUGCCUGUGUCUGAGCAAUGGUGAGGCACUGUAUUGAGGACAGACUACAUGUGCUAGAGGAGGCCUUAUGCCUGACCAUGCCUGUACUCUGAGGCCUGCCUGCCAGUUCUCAUGGACAAUGUUGACUGUUGGGUGUCCCUAGCCAUCCACACAGGCAUCUGGGACUGUAAGAAACCCUGCACCCACAUUUGCCUCCAGGUUCCUAAGUGUCUGCAUGGGAGUCUGUGACUGUUACACUGACUUUGUGCCCUCUGUGUUAUUUCAACAAAUAUUUACUGAGCACCUAAUGUGCGCCAGGCCCUGGGAGGACAGUGAUGAAUGAGCCAAGUCACUCCCCACACAUUUAAAAAACAAUGUAAGAGGUUGGAAAUUCAGGGUUAACAGGCUUCGGCUGGCUGCUGUAAAGGUACUAAUCAGAGGUGGAGGCUGGGCAGGAGUCCAGGGAGGAGGCAACAAGAAGAUGCCUCUGUUGGGUGACAGUGCUGCCUGCAGACAGAAGUAGCUGGAUUCCAGAUGUAUUUUGCAAUUAGAACAGAAGGGACUGGAGACCUGGCGACUGAAAGAACACGAGGGGGCAGUGUGCAUCUAUGACCAUGUCCAUGUGUCUCCACAUGGGUCUCUCUACAUCUCCCAUGUGGAUCAGUUCCCACCUGCCUGUAUCCCCCCAGGGGAGCCAUCAGGACUUCCGGAGCCUUCAAGCAAAGUUCCAGGCCUCUCAGCCUGGGAUCAGUGAACUAUCCCCAAAGCCUGAGUUCAAGAAACUCCUCAAGAAGUUUCCACAGCCUGAGCCCAGUGAGCCUGCCAAGAAGUCUCUGCAGCUAGAGUUCACUGAUCUCCCGAAGAAGCCCCCGCAGCCCGAAUUCAGUGAGGUGCCAAAGAAGCCCCCGCAGCCCGAGUUUGUUGAUCUCCCAAAAAAGCCCCCGCAGCCCGAGUUUGCUGAUCUUCCCAAAAAGCCCUCCAAAUCUAAGUCCUGUGAAGUCUACAAGAAGUUCCCACAGCUAGAGGCCACUGCGUUCCCUGGGAAGCCCCCACAGCCUGGGGUCAGUGAGACCCCUCAGAAGGCCUUGCAGCUGGAGCCCAGUGCACUUGCCCAGAAGCCCCUGCAGCCUGACCUUGGCAACCCCACCAGGCCUCCCACAGAACACGAAUUCAGUACAUCCCCUAGGAAGGUCUGGCAGCCUGAGCUCAGUGAGGCCACCCCGAAGCCCCCAAAGCCUGAGUUCAGUACCCUUCCAAAAAAGCCCCCACACCCUGAGUUCAGUGGGUUCCUCACAAAGCCCCAGCAGCCUCAGGUGCCCCCCAGGAAGCCUGAGCCCAGUGAGCCCCGCCCCAGCUUUUCACAGCCUGACCUCAGUGCCUCUCCAAAAAAGACCCCACCACCUCAGCUGAGUGACCUCCCCAAGAAGCCCCUGCAGCCUGAGUUUGGUGACCUCACCAGGACAUCCUCAGAGCCUGAGGUCUGUGUGAUUCCCAAGAGGCCACGGCAGUCUGAAUUCAAAGUACCUGCUAAGCCCCUGCAGCACAAGCUAGGCAGCCUCCCCAGGACGUCCUCAGAGCCCGAAGUCAGCCUACUCCCCCCAAAGUUCCUGCAACCUGGGGGCCGGGGGACUCCCCGCAAAUUCUCACAGCCUGAGCCCAAUGCUCUGCUCAAGAAGACCCUUCAAGCGGAGUUCUUUGGGGAUCCUACUAGAAAGCCCCCACUGCCUGGCUCUGUUUCCGAGAGUUCACUGCUGUUGGCUGUUGUAGCCUCCAGCCCCAGGUCCCCACUGAGCCCUGGGUUUGGAGCCAGGCAACAGAGGUCAGUUCUCACUCACAGUAGAGCAUCAAAGCUAGGCCUCAAACCCAGCUAUACACCACGGCAAAGACCUCUGCCUCCAGUCAGCAGCCUGGGACCCCCUCCAGUCAAACCCCCAAGGCCACCAGGCCUCAAGGACGUCCUGAGCUCUCACAGGCCCGCAGCAGCAGCCACAGCUCUGCGGAGGGCUCGCUCUUCUGCUGGAAUCCACUUCUGGGCCCCACAGCCUACGGAUAUCCAGAAGGACCCAGAGAUCUACGAGCUGUAUGAUGAUGUAGAGGCGACAGAGUCCAGUCCCAGCCCCAAGGGCAAAGAUGAAGUGCCAUCCAUCCAGCAACCCCCCAAGAAGCCACCACAAGACCCUGAACUCAGGAAGGAGAAGGCCCUCCAGCCACAGCAGUUGCUGCCUGUGGACCCUAAAGCCCUGAAGCAGAUCCGGAAGGCGGAGAAAGCUGAGAGGGAGUUCCGGAAGAAGUUCAAGUUUGAGGGGGAGAUCGUGAUUCAAACAAGGAUGAUGAUCGACCCCAAUGCCAAGACACGCCGUGGGGGUGGCAAGCACCUGGGGAUCCGGCGUGGAGAGAUCCUGGAGGUUAUUGAGUUCACCAACAAGGAGGAGAUGCUCUGCCGGGACACCAAGGGCAAGUAUGGCUAUGUGCCCAGAAUAGCACUGCUGCCCCUGGAAACAGAGGUGUAUGACGAUGUGGCCUUCCUGGACCCUCUAGAAGGCCAACCAUUCCCUCGAGGACAGUAAGAUCAGCAGGUGUGUGGACCCAGGACAACUCACCAGCCCAACCACCCACUAACCCAGGAAUCCUGGAUCCCAGCUUGAAAGUCAAAGAACUGCCAAGGCUGCCCUAGCUGGGUAGCUCAGUUGGUUAGAGCAUUGUCUUGGAAUACCAAGGCUGCGGGUUCAACCCCCUGGCUGCACAUACAAGCAGCAGCAACCAGUGAAUGCAACUCAUAACUAAGUGAGACAACAAAAUCAAUGUUCCUCUCUUGCCAAUCAAUAAAUAAAAAGAAAUGCCAAGGCUCACACCUGACCAUGUACAUGAACCAUAGAGCCCCUUUGAAGUGAUCACUGCUGCUUUUCUUUCCUUCCCAAUUGGCACACAGUAGAGCCGUGAUCAAACACUUGGGGGUCUUUGGGGUUGACCCCAUCCUUCAUGUUCUCACCCCUCAGGGAUAAAAGCCAGGAAGGAGAAAGUGUGGCAGGGAGAGGGCAGCAAGAAACUAGUACCCUGCUAGGCUUGAAGGUUUGAGUGUCUGUGUGAUCAGAUCCCCAUCAGCAGCCAGCCAUGGUGGAGAGAGACACAUGAACACAGUGACCAGCUGAAAACAACUGCCUAGCCCAAGUGGUCACAUUUUAGCAGUGGUGGGGGGACAGGGAGGCAGGGGAACCCCGUUCUGACAGAGCCCAGGUAUCAAGUUCAGCCUGAACUUCUGUAGGACUAAACAUGCUCAGAAACUCACACCCUGCAUGGUUUUACCAAAGAAAAGAUGCUAUGAACUGAAUAUUUGUCCCUCGCAUCCCUCCACUCCGAUUCCCAAUGUCCAAUUUGAGAGGCAAUUAGGUUUACUAAAGCCCUUAUAAAGGCAGCCCAUCUUGACCUCGGACUUCCCAGGUUCCAGACUAUGAGAAAUCAAUCUGUUGUUUAUAAACCACCCAGCUUGCAGUACUUUUGUUACAGCAUCCAGGGCAGACUAAAACAGAAGCCAACCUAGAAAUGGACCUGAUGCAGUGUCUGUGCCCCUCACAGAAACUGCACAGGAAGGGGACUUGGACGACUUUCAGGACAGCUAACAGUCAAGUGCUCCAUCACCAGCACAAGGGAUUCAAAUUCACUCAGGAUUCAUAUUCCACUGAGUUAGUUCCUAACUCGGCAGGGCACACAGCCAAGGAAGAAUGGCGAUAAGGCUCUUGGUGCUCACAGCUCUGAGGGCAGAAAGGAUAUGAGUUGUUUCUUGCCCCCAACCCUCGGGUGGUGGCCCCACAACACACACACAAAAAAGCAAGCAGCUUUCAGGAACUGGUAUUUAUUAUCAAAGUCAUAUUUGAUGUCAACAAGAUGCCACAACUACAAAAAAAAUUGCGCACAUUGCAAUCUCAAUGCAAACAGUCAAAUGGAACCCCAAUCAUUAAAAAAGUAAUUCAAAUUACCCCAAAAAGCAACUGAAUUUUUUAAACAUCUUUAUACAUCCAGCCAACAAAUUAAAAUGGUUAACAAGAAAAAAAUACAAAUUCAGAGGUCUGGUAU